AUGGCACCAAAACUGAAGUUUGCUUUGAUCGAGGAUCGAAAGAAAAGACAAGCUACUUGCCAGCGGAGGAUGAAAGGAUUGAUGAAAAAGGCUGAAGAACUAACCAUCUUGUCUGGUGCGAGUGCUUGUUUGACCUUUUUCAACCGUGAUGAUGGUAAGCUGGUGGUGUGGCCAUCUCAGGAGAAGGCUCAAUCUCUCAUCGACCGCUUUAACGCAUUAUCGGAAACCGAGAGGAACGAGAACGCGUACGAUCCAGAGUCAUACAUCGAGGCCAAUAUCAAAAAGAUGGAGAAGAGACUAGAGCAUUCUCGGAAGGCUGUCGAGGAGUUGGAGAUGGAUCAUCUCAUGCUCCAAAUCCAAAAUGGUAGAAUGCUUGCUGACCUUUCUCAAACCGAGGUUGAGAAGUUAAAGUCAUAUGCAAGUAAGAAAAUUACGUGUUUGGAAAGAGAGUUACGUACGCCACAUCCGAAUACGAGUGUCGAGCCAUUUCUUGAGGAUGAGGGGUUCUUGAAUGACGAUGAGGACAUGGAGACCUCUGAAGGAGAGAGCAGCGAGUCUGAUGGUGCGGACAAUGCCUAA